AUCAAAUAAUCAGCCAAAAGCAGGAUUUCUCUACUGUUCAUCGCGGGCCUCAGCCAAUCUCUCGGGCUAUAAUUAUGGUAAUCAAACGUGGGAUUUUGCCCGGAUAAUCACCUUAAUCUUCUCCUGUCCCCCUUAACAAACAUGCUCUAAAUAGAUAGAUUGAUCUUUUCCCAUUUUUGUGCACCAUCUAAGAACUGAUUGAUUGCGAUCUUGCUCCUUCUUGCCUUUGGCUUUCGGUGAAUCAUUGUGAUUUCGCGCAAUGGAGAUGACGGCUGAAAUCGGCAGCCGCCACAAUUUUCCUGCGUUCAAACUUCUUCUCUCGUGUCCUGCAGGCCUUAAUCCUUCUGAGGUGUCUGUGGUGUUUGAUAAGACCUAUGAUAGAAUUCCCCAUCUGGAUACCAGCUUGGAAAAUUCAAUCACGGAGAUAUGGGACAAGAGAUCUCAACAGAACCCAUCUUUAUUCAAUGGACUCAAGUUCAGGUAUGGUGGGCACACCCUCAGUGGCAAGGCUGGUUCGUGUAAUAAGGCUCAUGUAUGUCUUCAUCUUGGCUUGACUGAUUACAGGACAUUCGUUGGAACGAACUUGAAUCCUUUGUGGGAAAGAUUUCUUUUUCCUUCUGAAGAUGACUGGAUAAAGUGUCAGCAUACCUCCAAUCCUCUUGGCAAUGGUGCAAUUGUAGAGACAUCAGAUAGAGAAGUUGUUGUGCUUCAAAGAAGUACAAAUGUUGGCGAGUUUCCUGGACACUUUGUUUUUCCUGGAGGGCAUCCAGAGCCCCAAGAAGUUGGCAUAAUAAGCCAUCAAUCUAGUGGAGGUUUAAGCUGUCAGAUGAUCAAUAGAAAGGUUUCUCAAGAAAUGUUUGACAGCAUUAUUCGUGAAGUAGUUGAGGAAAUUGGAGUUCCUGCUGCUAGCCUGAGCAAGCCCAUAUUUAUUGGAAUAUCCCAGAGAGUGUUGAAUGUUAGGCCGACAGCUUUCUUCUUUAUUAAAUGCUGCCUUCACUCCGAGGAGAUUCAAAAACUUUAUAGAAAUGCUCAAGAUGGCUACGAAUCAACUCAGCUUUUCACUAUGUCAGGGGAUGCCACCAAGGAGGAUUUGCGCUCUAUAAGUUGAUGUUUGAGGCUGAAAAGGAGAACACAUAGGUUCUGCUGUAUGAAUCACGAUGCUUCCGCCUAUUGUAUUAGAAAAAUGAUACAUAGCCAACCUAGUGUACAACUAGGUUGACAAUACAAGUGAAAAUAUCCACUUGUGUAUUUUUUUAUUUUUAUUUUUGUAGAUGUUUUUUUACUUGUGUUGUCAACCUAGUUGUACACUAGGUUAGCAAUGUAGCAUUUCUCUAUUAUUAUCUUCUAUUCUUCUACAAGUAUUGUUUAAUUC